CAUCAUCGACCGUGGCCCAUCCAACAGAAUCCAUGGAAUCCACCAUCAAUGGGCCUGUCCGCGCGGCAGUCGACUCGCCAUCGUCGGAACUGAGGCAUCGGAGUCAUGAACAUCCCAAAGGCGCAAAGCAGCAGCAGGAACGAGAUGAUCUGUCUUUGAAAGGACCUGACACGAGAACCGGUGUUGCAGAGAAGGACCCUUUAAAGCAUCUUCCGCCCAAGAGAUCAGUAUCAUGGUCGAGUUGGGCGGCUAUCACUCUUCAGGCGUCGAUUCAGGACUGGAUCUUGAUUGCGACAAUGAUCUUUGGAGGCUGCUGCAGUAAUGUCUUUGCGCUCGAGAUCUUGGUCAACGAUGCUCCAAAGAGCGGCCAAAUGAUCACCUUUGCCCAGUUCAUCUGCGUCUCUCUCUAUGGCCUCUUUAUGCACGUGCGAUGGCCCAUCAUUCAGGAGUUGUUCUCCCCUAACAGCCGCGCCAAGAACACUUCACUAUCACCCUCCGCCUCGCUCACGCUCUCCAAAAAGAACAGCCCAGCAACCCCGGAGCCGCAGCCUACUACAACAAAAGGAGUCUGGCGAUAUAUACCCCACCUAAAACCCCGCCGGAUCCCCCUCAUCCGCUGGCUGGCCAUCGUCAUCAUGUUCUUCUCAGUCUCGGUCCUCAAUAAUUGGUCCCUGGCCUACAAGAUCUCGGUCCCGUUGCAUAUCAUCUUUCGAUCCGGAGGUCUGAUGGUCGGUAUGGUCCUUGGCAUGAUCCUGAUGAAGAAGCGGUAUAGUCGCUCACAGAUGCUCGCUGUCUUGAUCGUCACUAUCGGAGUGAUCUAUGCGACGACGAGCGCUAACACGAACAACAACAGCAGCAGUAGUAGCAAGGGAAGCAGUGGCAGCACACAAAAGGGGUCCCAGGACACUGUGAACGCAGGAGAUUAUGCGAUUGGGGUCGUCAUGUUGACAGUAGCCCUGAUUGUAUCGUCGUUAAUGGGGCUGUUACAGGAAUCGACCUACCAGACCUAUGGCGCCGAAUGGCGCGAGGGCUUGUUCUAUUCACAUUUCCUGGCCCUGCCAAUGUUCAUCUUGUUCUACAGCGAUAUCAUGGAUCAGAUCCAGGUCUUCAAUCGUUCGACCCCAAUCCCGGUCCUGCAAUUGGUCCGCCAGAUCGGUCCCUAUCUCCCAACUUCUCUCGCCUACAGACUCAGUUUCAUCACCAUUCCCAGACUCUGGAUCUUCCUUGCCGUGAACACAUUGACACAAUUCAUGUGUAUCUCAGGCGUGCACCGGCUGACAUCGCUCUCCUCAGCCCUGACCCUCAACUUCAUUCUCAACCUCCGAAAGUUCACCUCCUUGCUCAUCUCGGUCCUGUACUUCGAGAACGGCUUCGGCUUCGAAAUGGCCGCCGGCUCCACUCUCGUGCUCUUGGGCACCAUCAUGUACUCGGCCUCCUCUUCCUUGCCCUCUUCAAAGAAACCAAAUUCUCCUUCCGCUAACGCGACCAACUCAUCGCUAUCCACAACUAACAAAAUUGGGAAAUAAAGAAAUAG